AUGACUGAUCACUCUUCCUUCAGCGUGGACCACUCCUUCCGCGCCUUUGUCGAGGCCCUCCGCGCCGACAAUGACCUGGUCGAAAUCAACACCGAGAUCGACCCUCAUCUCGAGGCCGCCGCCAUCACCCGUCUGGUCUGCGAGACCGACGACAAAGCUCCCCUGUUCAACAACCUCAAGGGCAUGGGCCAGAAAGGCCUCUUCCGCAUCCUCGGUGCCCCCGGCUCCCUCCGCGCCUCCAAGAAAGACCGCUAUGGCCGUCUCGCCCGCCAUCUGGCCCUCCCUCCCACCGCCAGCAUGAAGGAAAUCCUCGACAAGAUGCUCUCUGCCAGCACCCUCCCCCCGAUCCCUCCCACCAUCGUUCCCACCGGUCCCGUCAAGGAGAACUCCCUCACCGGCGAUGAAAUCGACCUGACCGCCCUCCCCGUCCCCAUGAUCCACCAGUCCGAUGGCGGCAAAUACAUCCAAACCUACGGCAUGCACGUCGUCCAGUCCCCCGACGGCUCCUGGACGAACUGGUCCAUCGCCCGCGCCAUGGUCAAGGACCGCAACCACCUCACCGGUCUGGUCAUCGAGCCCCAACACCUCUGGCAGAUCCACCAGAUGUGGAAGAAGGAGGGCCGUGACGUCCCAUGGGCGCUCUGCUUCGGUGUGCCUCCGGCGGCCAUCAUGGCCUCUUCCAUGCCCAUCCCCGACGGCGUCACCGAGGCGGAUUACGUCGGCGCCAUGACCGGUCGGCCCCUGGAACUGGUCAAAUGCGACACCAACAACCUGCAUGUCCCUGCCAACGCCGAGAUCGUCAUGGAAGGUACCCUCUCCAUCAGCGAAACCGCCAACGAGGGCCCGUUCGGCGAGAUGCACGGCUAUGUCUUCCCGGGUGAUACCCACCAGUGGCCCGUCUACACCGUCCACAAGAUCACCUACCGGACCAACCCGAUCAUGCCCAUGUCUGCCUGUGGCCGUCUGACCGAUGAGACUCACACCAUGAUCGGUGCCCUGGCGGCCGCGGAGAUCCGCAAGGUCUGCCAGAAUGCCGGACUGCCCAUCACGGAUGCUUUCUCUCCGUUCGAGUCCCAGGUCACUUGGGUGGCGUUGAAGGUGGACACGGCCAAGCUGCGCGCGAUGAAGAUCGCCCCGAAGGAUUUCCAGAAGCAGGUCGGUGAUGUGGUGUUUGCGCACAAGGCGGGAUAUACGAUCCAUCGGUUGGUGUUGGUGGGCGAUGAUAUCGAUGUGUACAAUGGCAAGGAUGUCAUGUGGGCGUUCUCGACCCGGUGCCGGCCUAAUGCUGAUGAGACCUUCUUCGAGGAGGUCCGUGGCUUCCCGCUUAUCCCGUACAUGUCGCACGGCACCGGGCGGCCGAACAAGGGCGGGAAGGUGGUUUCCGAUGCCCUCAUGCCGACCGAGUACACCACCGGAGCCGACUGGGAGGCCGCCGACUUUGAGCACUCGUACCCGGAGGCCCUCAAGGAGAAGGUCCGCGCGAAUUGGGAGACCUUGGGAUUCCGCAAGUUGGAUUAG